UCAAUCACAUACAGCAAUGGUCCCCACCGAAACCUUUUAGUGGAUCUUGUGUUUUUAAGUUCUAUCCGGUUAGGAAUGGUUCAUAUCCUCUCUCUCUCUCUCUCUCUCUCCACACACACACACAUAUGGCGAUGGCAACAGAGGAAUCAUCAAAAUCGCAAGAGUCGAAAUGGGAAGGCAAGCUUUGCGCAGAGCUAGAAGGUAUAAGCGCAGAGCAUGUGUGGCCUCUGCUAGCGGACUUCUUCAACCUCCACAACUGGAUGCCUGGCAUCGACACUUGUCAGCCGUUAGAGGGCGUCUCUGGACAGCCCGGCUGCAUCCGCUACUGCGCCAAAACAACCACAUCGCCCCCUGCGUCGUCUUCGGAGUCACCGGCCAAAGAGGAGAUUACCGCCACAACCAUGUGGGCCAACGAGAGACUCGUGGCCAUCGACCCUGUGGAACGUUCCCUGAGCUACGUGGUCACUGAAAACAAUAUGGGGAUCAAGUCUUACAUGGCUACCAUGAAGGUACUUCAAUUCUCAAAGGUGGCGGCGGCGGCGAAUUCUGAAGGGUGUCAGAUCGAGUGGACAUUCGUGGCUGAUCCUGUUGAAGGCUGGACUUUCGAGGGCUUGCUUUCCUUUUUCGAAUCCUGCCUUCAAGGCAUGGCGCAGAAAAUGGAAGAUGUUCUCUGCCCCUCAACUAAAGCUUGAUUUUAUGCGAUGUUCUUAAAGUCUGGGAUCUCAGAUGCCCUAAGACUGCUAAAUUGUUAGUUGCAGUGAAACUUGUGGUGGGGAUGUGGUGGGGAUGUAGUGGAGACUUGGGGCAAUUUUUUUGUGUGUGUCUAGAUGUAACCGACCCGGUUACAAAAGCCUUACCUAAAUUACUAUGUCCCUAUUAUUUUGUCA